CAAAUACAAAUUGUUCCGGCUACCUUGCCUUCAACUACAUAUACUGGAUAGCCUGGAAAGUUUUAAUUUCAGUAGACGUUUCAACUACGAGUAUUUAAACCUUCAUAGCGACAGUACGAUAACAUUUUAUAGUCCAUUCAAAACGUAAACGUUGUCUGUCUGGUCGUUUGGUAACUUAUUUGGCUUAUAUUCGAAUGAUAACGAGAACUAAGAUAGCUAGCCACCUGUUGAUAUAGCGAGCAUCUUUGUUUACAUUCAGCGAGCUUAGCUACGCUAGCUGCUAGGCUAGUUGAUAUGCUGAAACGUUACUAUAGCCGUGUUAAAAACGUAAGUAUGUUGAUGAGCUAACCUCAGUGGCGGGUGUUCUUGACCUUACCAAACAUUCACACAUGUUGCUUGAGCAAAUAAAAGCUAACCUCAGCAAGUCGAGACAAGUUGUUGAAUAGCUGAAAUUAACAUGUAACGUUAAUCGUCAUCAUUAAUCUAAUGUUUGAGAACGAGAGGAGUUUAACGGAAGAUGUGUUCAGUUUGAGGAAUCUGCUUCGAUUAACGGAGCUUAAUCUGCAGAGUGUGGGACAGAAACUAAGUCAGUCAGAAGGCCAUGAGGACAGUAGUGAGUAUGAGCAGCAGAGACCAGAUAGCCUGACCUUACAAGACCUGCAGACACCUGAUGUUCCUCCAUCCCAGUCAGGCUGUGUUUGCCAGGAGAGGCCUCUCAGUGGGACGGCUGAGAGACGUGCUGUUGCUGGCAGUCUCAGCCCACCUUCCACUGACUCUAGGUCGGCCUCAUUCGAGGCCAGGUCAGUAGAGAUGGAGUCUUUCUCUAAAAGGAAGAAGGGCGGCUGCGUGCGCCAGGAGAACGCCUGUCUGAGCGUGCAGGAUGAACAGCUCAUCAGCAACCUCGAUGCCAUGCAGUAUGAACGGGCCCCCUCCAAGUCGCAGGUCCUUCUCAGAGGCCCAAAGGUGGGCGUUAUAAACAGUGUGGCAGUCAAGAGGGAACACAAACACAUUCGUCAGCUUCAAGCAGAGCUGGAGACUCAGGCUGCAGAACUAAAGGCAGCGGAGCUGAGGGCAGAGUGUAGCCAGGAAGCAGCAGCUCACAGGGACAUUUUGGUGGCGACUCUCACCGAGGAGCUGAGCAUGCUCAGAGAAGAGCUGGACAACAAGACGGCACUGUGCAAACGGGCUGAGCAACAAAGGAACCACGCACUUCAAAAUGCAGAGCAACUUAAAGAAGCCUUUAACGAUUAUAAGGCUACUAUUUCCAUUAAACUUAAGAGGGUGAUGGAGAGUGAGAGCAAACUAAAAGAGAGUCUUAUCGAGUGUGACAGAGAAAAAGAGGAGUUGGAAAUGAAGUGCACCGUGCUGGAGAGAGGAAAGGUAGAACAGAGUCAAACAAUUAGCCAGCUGAAGGAGGAGGGGAGGCAGGCCAAGUCUGCUGCUGCUGGCCUCCAGGCUCAGCUGGAGGAGGCCAGACAAAAGGCCUUGCAUCUGGAACAGCAGCUCAUGGAGCGGGGCGCGGAGUUAAGGGAGCUAGCCUCUCUGCGAAAGGAGCUGGAAAGCCUGCAGACUGUGAACCAGAGCCAGGAGCAAAGGGUGGUCCAGAGCCACAGAGAGGCUCAGCAGAGCCAGGCGGAGCUGGCCAGCCUGGAGGCCACACUGGCCCUGCUGCAUCUACGAGAGGGUGCUGUGGGGACGUUGUGCGUCAGGCCCUGCAUGUUUCCCCCAGUGGACUAUUCAGGAACAACACACCUGCUGAAGCUAAAGCCAGGUGAAGGCUACCAGCAGCUGCUGCGAGUGCUGCAGUCGGUGGAGACUGAGCGGGCCAAACAGAACAGCCUGGUGGAACAGCUUCAGGCGCGUCUAAGCAGAACCCAGGAGGAGAUCUCCUCCCUGCAGAGCUCCAUGGCCCAGAGAGCCUCCCACUACCAGAGCCUCCACAUGGAGCUGCUGGACAAAGUCAGCCAAGCCACUGACACAGAGAAAGAGUUGAAAAGAAAAAGUGCCCGCGCGGCUUCCCUGGAGAAGCAGUUACAGGAGAAAACCUCGGCCUAUAGUCAGGCUGCACUGACCAACACGGAGCUGGAGAAACAGCUACUGGAGAAAACCAGCACCCUUCAGCAUUACCAGUCACUGAUGACCAAAAAGCAAAGAGAGUACCAGCAGUCUCUGGAGAAGUGUAAAAAAUCUCAAUCUCAAGAAUUCACGGAGCAACAGCACAAAAUAAAGAUGUUGCAGCUGUCUUUGGAGGAGGCUCAGGCUCGGGUGUUGCAGAUGGAGCAGGAGCUGAGCUCCCUCCGGAGGGAGCGAGACGAGGCUCAGGAAGCAGCUCUCCUGCUGCAGGGCUCUGUGGACCAGCUCACGCAGCAGAGGCAGGUUGAAGUAAGACACAGCGAGGAGUUUCUGCAGAGUUGCAACGCACAGGCGGCUCAGUCUGCCACCAAGGUGUGUGAACUACAGUCGUCUCUGUCGGCGUGUAGAGAGGAGCUGAACUGCUACCUGCAGCAGAUGGAGGAGUUGAAGAAGAACUAUGAGAGUGAGCUGCAGAAUAACGGAGCCAAGGUGUCCUCUCUGCAGGAGAAGCUCCACGAGGUCAGCCUGGUUUGUCAGAGCUCCAGUGAGCAGAACCUGCAGCUCCAGCUUUCUCUCCAGCAGCAGCAGACCAUGCUGACUGAGAGCUCUGCUCACAUCUCUGAGCUGGAGGAGAGUCAGAGCCAGCUGCAGAAACAGGUGUCCAGUCUGGAGAUGGAGCUGGAACGAGCCCGGGCAUCUAUGCAAGGUGAGGUAAGGAACAGAGAGCAGGACGCCCAGGAGAAAGACAAGGACCUGCAGGAGAUGAAACAGCAGAACACACAGCUCUCCGAGUCUGUCAGCCAUCUGACAUCAGAGAUGACAAAGUGCCAAGGAGAGCUGGUGUCUAAAGAUUCAGAGCUGCAGCGUCUAAAGAGGGAAGUCAACACCAAGAUUUCUCAGUUCAGCCGCAUGGACGAAAGCCUGCAACACAUGGCGAGCCAGCUCAACAGAAAGAGUGAAAUGGUGAUGGAUCUGGAGGAGAAGCUCCAUCGCUGUGAGGCCGACCGGCUCAACGGUGUCCAGCGGGUCCAGGUCCUGGAGGGACAGCUUCAGGCGGCGCAGGUUGAGUUGGCUGAGACUCUGGAGCAACUACGGACACUCCAAGACGUUCUACAAAGAACCAAAAGCACCGCAGAUGAGCGGCAAGCCUCGGUGGAAAAACUGACAGUCCAGCUGAGUGAUACCCAGAGGGAGUUGGAGGAGAGAACUCACGAAGUCUUAGAUAUGGACAAUGCGCUGAAGGAGAGACAGGGGGAGCUCCAACAUAGAGCACAGCUGCUGGGUCAGCUGGAAGUGGCCAUCCGAGAGCACAAGCAGGAGAUGGAGAUGAAGGUGGAGUCUCUGCAGCAGAGCCUGGAGAUCCGAGAGAGAGAGCUCACAGAAAGAAACAUGAAGGAGCUCAGUCAGCAGCAAAAACUUCACACUUUACUGCAAGAGGUUGAAGAAAGUCAACGUCACUGUGAGGCUUUGACCAGAGAGCUGGACGCCACCAAGCUGCAGGCCAAAGACAAGGAGGUGCGGCUGUGCGGUGUGGAGAAGGAGCUGGCUCUGAAAGAGGCCCGCUGGCUUCAGCUGGAGGCGGGACUGCAGAGCAUGGUCACCACCUUAGAACAAGAGCUGGAGCUGGAGAGGGAGCAGCACAGCAAGGAGCUGGAGUCCCUGCAGCAGAGUCGAGGCCAGCUCCUCAAAGUCUCGGAGCAGAUCUCCUCUACCAUGCUCUCCUCCCAGGAGCAGCUCGCCGAUAAACUUCAGGAAAGCCAAAACCAACUCCAGGAAGCCAAAACCCAGCUGGAGCGAACUAGGACCGAGUUGGAUCGCACCCGGAACCAAGCCAGCCAACUCCAAACACAGAGAGACCAGUUUCAGACGCAGCUCCUGCAGAGUAAAACCCAGCUGGAGCAAAGCAGGGUUCUGUAUGAGCAGGCCAGAGCCCAGAACAGUCAGCUCCAUGCCCAGCUGGAGCAGCUCAGCUCCCAGUUAAAUCAAACCCAAGUCCAGGCCGCUCAGCUCCAGACCCAGCUCCAGGCCUCCAACAAGUCCAUGGAGACCUCUAAAGAGUCCCUGCUCAUUAAGGAGUCUGAGGUGACCCGUCUCCAUGCCAAAAUCUCCAGCCUGGAGCGUGCUGCUGACCGCCAGCAUCUGUACAGCCACACACUCUCCCUCCCCGCGCUCCACACACUCACACACCCCCCAGAGAGCUCCCAUUCUGCUCACGCCCCUUCUUCCUCCCCCCAAAAGCUUCAAGCAACUCUUCCCUCUUCUCAACACUCUCACUUGACUCGCCUCCUCUCCCCAACACACACACGAACGUGCUCAUCUCCCCCUGCUCACAACUUCCUCCAACCUGAGAGCCUCCAAACGGCCGACUGGCUGCAGAGCAGCAGCAUCGACUCCUCUCUGGAUGUCCCUCCCAGUCUGAAGGCUACACUGAGGGAGGCUUUGAGCAAGCAUGCAUGGGAGUCGUCCACCCCCUCAGUCUCCUCUUUUCUUUCAGUGGACCACAGCUGGCAGGGCCUCAGCGCAACGGACGCCACGGCAACCUCUGACCUCUCCUUCAACCCCCUCACGUACUUGGCGGACAGUCAGGAGGACCGAAGCCUCAUCAUGAAAGCUACCUCCAUGCAGGAGGGAGAUGAGGAGCAGACCAGUGAGUCAAGAAGGGAGUCUGUGUGCACGCUGGUGGGCCAGGAGGAAGAGGAGGGGGUGGAUAUGAGUUCGCUCACAGGGAUGCUGAAGUUUGUCAAUCAGACGUUAGCCAUGCAGGAGGACCCUUCUUUAUGGAGCUCCACAGGGUUAUCACAGAGUGGACGCAGCCUCGCUCCCCAGGUAACAACCCCAGCCCACGCUGAUACAUACAAGGACUAGUCAGCUCAUCAACGAGUGGAUCGACCAGAUUCUCUAAUACAGACGUCAAGGAGACGUGAAGCUGUGUUGCCAAGGAGACGUUGGAGAGGAGCCGUUUACAUGGGUGUCAUCCUUGUGUCAGUGUGCAUCUAAUCAUCUAAUAGAUGUUCAUUAACACCUCACCUUUGAUCUGUCCCAUUGGUGUGUGUUAUUGAAAUCAAUCUGCAAUAUUGUCUGCCAGGGAAACGAGAAAUGAUGUGUUUAGAUGACCACUACUUCCCAGUCUGUAAAUGAUCAACUCUGAUGUUGUUUUAUACAGUAUAAAUGUAGCAUUUCAUGUUGUAUCUUUUCCUAGCCAAUAUUUAUAUAUUGCCACACAUCUUUUUAAUAAGCUAAGUGAAUUAAAUAUGUUUUUGUUUUUGUAUACAAGU